AUGGUAAAAUUAGCCAAUUUGAGUGUAGCGCAAUUGAACACGUUAUUGCGAGAAAAUGAUGUGUCGGUUACUGGAAAUAAAGCACACAAGGUGGCCGCACUGAUGGCAGCCCUUGGUACAGACGAGGUAGAGGUACAAGAAUUACCAACAGUGGAGCCUUGGGAACAACCGUUCAGCCAACUUCAGGAGCUUGUGUUAAGUUUAGCAAAUUCAGUGAAAGCAAUAGAAGUUUCGCUAAAGCCGGCAUUGACGACACAAGAUAGCGCAGACGAUGAGCAGGCAGAAGCGUUGGCAGCAACGGAGAAUGGAGCGCGGGCUCCUGAACCUUUAUCGUAUCAAGACCGACCAACACAGCGGUCUCACACACAUACAAUCACGGAAGUGGUAGGAGUUCUUCCGGAGUUCGACCCGUUGCGGAAAGUCAUGACGGCACAACAAUUUGUUAUUAAAGUUGAACAAUUGCAACAAGUUUACAAAUGGAAAAAGGAAAUAGUGCUUCUCGCGGUUCAACAUAAGUUGAAAGGAGUUGCCAAGACGUGGUUGGACGCACAGCCCGUAUUUGGAUCUUGGCAAGAGUUCGUCCAAAUGUUGCUACGAGAUUUUCCAUAUACCGUAUCGUCAGCUGACAUUCACCGAGAGUUGGCAGCACGACGACGCAAGAUUAAUGAGCCUCUCAUCGAGUAUUUUUACGAUAUGUUAGCCAUCGGCAGACGUGGAGAUGUAGACGAGGAGUCUAUAAACUCCUACAUCUCGCUUGAGAAUUUGCGGAUAUCGACGCAAGGUGGUGGACAACGUACUAUACUGGGUGUAAAUUCAGCGGACGUCAGCAACGGAGCAGCAGAAGAUAAGGGUAAGCGUGUAAAAUGUUAUAACUGCAAUGAGUUUGGGCAUAUAGCGGCAAAGUGCCCCCAACCUCAGAAGAAGCUACGAUGUAGCAAGUGCUCUAAAGUGGGGCACGACGCUCGCAAGUGUUCAGCCGAUUCGAAACAUACGGUUGCCAAGAUUGAUGGCAACAAUGGUGUGCAGCAACAGGUACCGCCCAUAAUAGAAGAAGUUGAGUGUGAAGGCAGUAAGCAUAAGGCCUUGAUAGACACCGGUAGUGAUCAUUCGCUAAUAAGGAAAUCAGCAACGGUGACGAAGGCGAACCAUAUGCCAACAUAUCAACGAUUAAAGGGGUUUGGAGGUUCUACGGUUGAGGUUUUGCGUGUUAUAAAUACGCAAAUAAAGUUAGCAGACAAGGUUAUCAGUGCUAAGCUGUAUGAGGUACCAGAUAGAAUGCUCAACCGUGAUAUGUUACUGGGAAGGGAUGUACUGUGUGGUCACGAUCGUCGGCUGAUCAUUGAUUCGGGUUCGAUGAUGUUGCAAAUUAAAAGCGGGACACAGUUUAACGUCAGCAAGGAUCUACAGCAGCAGCAACAGCAGGAAGUGCUUAAAUUAUUAAAUGAGUACGACCAAUGUUUUUCCGAAGGAAUUUCCACUCUGGAAAGGUCCAGAACUACAACAAUGGACAUUGGUGUUACAACAGAAAGCUCUAUAGUAGGUAAACAGUACCAGGUACCAUUUGCAAAGCAAUGCGAGCUAUCGAGAAUAUUAAGAGAACUUUUGGACAAUGACAUCAUCCGACGUAGCACAUCACCACACGCCGCUUCUGUAGUGUUGGUGACAAAGGCAAAUGGAGAGAGUAGGAUGUGCGUAGAUUACCGCGCGUUGAAUGGGGUUACCGUUAAAAAACAUUUUCCAAUGCCAGUGGUUGAGGAGCAGUUAGCUAAGUUAAGCGGCGGAAAAUUUUUCACUACAUUGGAUAUGACCAGUGGAUAUUAUCAGGUUCUGAUCCAAGAAAAUUGCAAAAAGUACACAGCGUUCCUUACGCACGAGGGACUGUAUGAGCAUAACGUGAUGCCGUUCGGGCUAGUCAAUGCACCUAUGGUAUUCCAAGAAAUGAUGGUACGCAUGGUGUCGGCGUUGAAGAACAGGGACAAGGUUAUAAGUUCUGUGGACGAAUUGAUCAUAGCUACUUCGACUUGCGAAGAAGCAAUGUUAGUUUUACGAGAGGUACUGGAAGCGGUAAAGAAAGACGGUCUUACGCUACGACCGUCCAAGUGCCGAUUCUUGGCGAACGAGGUAAUUUUCUUGGGCCAUAAUGUGACUGAAACAGGUAUAUCCCCGGGAAAAGCGAAGACGAUCUGUGUUGAGGAGUUUUCCCAGCCAACGACUAUUACCCAGGUAAGGCAAUUCCUGGGUUUAACAGGAUUCUUUCGCAAAUUCGUAGAAGGGUACAGCUACCUUCCAAUUCCGCUCACUAUGUUGCUGAAGAAAGAUGGCUGUUUCCAGUGGGGUGCAUCACAGCAAAAAGCUUUCGAACGAUUAAAGGAAGCUAUAACGAGCAAACCGGUGCUGACGCUAUACGAUCCUCUUAAACAGCACGAG